UUUCUUCUUUUUUUGAAUGAUUUAAAAAAAAAAAAAAAAAAGAAAAAUCCGCUUUGACAUUUCUUUUAUUGGAUAACUAAGACCCUGAGAUCAUCUCGACCAACAGCGGCAUAGGUACUUUGUGUAGCAAAAGAAAAGAAUCAAAGACCCUUACCAUCAUCAACGGAUUCCCCUUUUUUUAUUUUUUUUCCUCAUCUUUCUCUCAUUCACUUUCAAACCAUUGAUUUCCAAUGAGUGAGGAGCAAGAAAAUUUGCUCUCCUCCUCUUUAGAACAUAGAGACGACUGUAUUAUCGAUAAAGACAGUGACAAUGGGGCCGAUACAGAUUCAAUCGAGCAAAACAACAGCCAACAACCAAAAAACUACAAGUUUGACAUGCUGUUUUUCAGCAGACUCUUUUCUGUCUUGAAAAUACUGUUCAAAAGCAACGCUAUCUAUCCUUGCUGGUCAACAAAAAAGAAAGCUCGACAAAAUAGUUUAUUCUGGCUUUAUAUUCUGUUCGUCACCCUGGCUGUACUUUACGAAAUACUUGUUUAUUUCGUGGGCAUGAUACCGAGCCAGUUUUAUACUAUACUUACUACCAAGGAUAAAGCAAAAUUUGGUACCUUCAUCAUCCCAUGUCUGUUGCUUGUAUUUGUGAUUGCUAUUUGCAAAAGUUUGUUGAAUUUCAUGGGAGGUUUGUUUGCUUUGAAAGCGAGAGAAUUGCUCACGAUCCAUAUCCAAAAUCAAUAUCUACGAUCCAAAGCCAUGUAUACCCUUUUGACAAAGUAUAACAAGAUUGAUAAUCCAGAUCAACGUAUAACGCAAGAUAUAGAAAAGUUCUCCGAAACACUACGACAAAUAGUUACCAACCUGAUUAUUGCGCCCAUCAUGGUCGUCUAUUAUACUUACAAGUGCACCAUGGUCACGGGUAUCUCUGGACCUUUAUUCAUCUACACCUAUUUUGUUGUGGGUUCUUACCUAAGUCAAAAGUAUAUUCAACCUUUGGUCAAUGCUGUCUUUUUUAAAGAACUACAAGAAGGAAACUUUAGAUAUUUGCACGUUCGAUUAAGAGACUUUGUAGAAUCCAUUGCUUUUUGUGCAGGAGAAGACGAUGAGAGGAUGAGAGCGCAACAGAGUUUGGAUACACUACUUGCCUAUCAGAAAACCAUUGUGAAUAAAGAGUUCCCUUUGAAAGUGGCAAAUGAAAGUUUCUCUUAUUUGGGGUCGGUGCUUAGUUAUUUGAUCAUUUCUAUUCCCCUAUUCAUGGGAGUGUUUGACGGAAAAGAUGCUUCAGAAUUGAGUUCGAUCAUCAGUGCAAAUUCUUUCGUGGCCAUGUAUUUGAUUUAUCUAUUUUCAACCAUCCUGGAGCAAUCAAGUAAAGUUUCUGAUCUUGCAGGCUAUACUGCUCGUAUAAGUGAGCUUUUGGAAACACUGAAUGAAAUAAACGAAAAAGCAGAUGAAGAAUGCAGACAAAGUGAAAAAUUGAGUACGAGUAGUGGUAGCAACAGGAAUAGCAUUCAAACUACAGCUCACACCAGCAACCAUAGCAACGCACCUACGACGGCUGCUAUUACCUUCAGAGACGUCUCUCUUUCUACACCUCAUGAGCGUCGUCGUCGUCUCAAGAAGUUGAUAGUACAACAUUUCAAUCUAACCAUUCACGUGGGUGAAAGUGUGGCUAUCGUUGGUCCAAAUGGUUCUGGAAAAACGUCUCUUCUUCGUGCCUUAGCGAGUCUAUGGCCUUGUGACGAAGGUUCUAUAGAAAUUUCUGGUGCUUCCGAUGUAGGCAAGAAUAUCAUCUAUUUACCUCAAACGCCUUACUUGAUUGUGGGCUCUUUGAGAGAACAACUCAUAUAUCCUAGCAGUCCUACUGGCAACAAUGGGCGAUGUGAUAGUAGCCGGAUUUCAUCUUCCACUGUGAAAAUUACAGACGAGGAAGUGCUUGAGCUCUUGGAUAAAGUUCACCUACGUCACUUGUCAGGGCUUAUUGAAUCUUACGAUACAAUUUAUGGUGAAGAAUGGAAUAGCUUGCUGUCUCCUGGCGAGAGGCAACGACUAGCGUUUGCUCGUAUAUUUUACUGGAAACCCCGUUUUACAGUGUUGGAUGAAGCAACAAGUGCAGUAGAUGCAGAAACCAGUGAAUACUUUUACAAUGCUUUGAAAACACUAGGAACUACAAUUAUUAGUGUCAGCCACGACCCUUCUAUUGUAAAUCUUCACGACACCAUUGUGAGUUUAGAAGGCUUUGGUGAAUAUUCCAUUCAGAGUAAUACAGUGAAUACGCCUUUAGUCACUGUGUAAAGCCGCUGAUAGGUAACUAGUGAUAUUCUUCGUAUAUAUACCACCCCCAAAAAAAAACCAUAAAAAUUCAAUUUAAUUUCAUAUUGGAAAUUAUAACAAUCUA